AAGAGUUCUACAUGCUCCUCCUGCUCCAGCACAACACGUCCCCUCUUUGACAAAAAUGCACACUGAUGAAAAAAGCCAAGUCACCUUUUCUAGCUAAACAGACCACAGAAAGACUAAGGGACGGAGUUGCCUCUCAAAUUUGCUGCUCUUCAGUUUCUCUUAUCAUCUCCACCGUGGCUGUCAUCUGAGGAGAGAAGAAACUGUCCUGAGUGGAUUGACAACUGAGGAAAAUGACUAAAAUCUUCUAAAAAUUAUUUUUGGUUUGAAUUUAAAACUCGUUGCACAACACCGAGGACUUUAUGUCACGCUGCUUCUGACUCACUCCAGGGUGUGGAGUGUAAACUCUUUUUCUAGGCUGCCAAGUGAGCACUAACCCUUUAACAGACCUUUCUCUUGUGUUUUCUUGCCUAGACCCUACACGGUUCCCCAAACUGAACUGAACUGAACUUGGUUAAAGAAGCUCAAAUUGGAUUUUCCCGUAAUGGAAUGUAGUCUGUGGGCUGCACAAGCUGAUGAGACCUUUGAACUGAGGAGACUUUCACAGUUCUGGAGUGGUCUCUCUGUACCGUCUCCUGUCUUGUAUCUUGUUCUCCUGCAAAAGAAUCUUGGACAUUUAGACCGAGCUUGACUUUUUAUGGGUUUUCAUGUGUCUUUGAACAUCUCAAGAUGCGUCGUUUUGACAAGCUCAAAAAAUCAUUCCCAUUUCUUGCUCAUUUCCAUGUUUACAGAAAGCUGGGCAGCAGUAUGCAGUGUGAGGAGGGCACUGAGUGGCUGCUGGAGCUGCUGAUGGAAGUACAACUGCAGCAGUACUUCCUGCGCAUCCGUGAUGAGCUCAACGUUACACGCCUCUCGCACUUUGACUAUGUGAAGAAUGAGGACCUGGAGAAGAUCGGUAUGGGGCGACCUGGUCAACGACGAUUGUGGGAGGCAGUGAAGAGGAGAAAAACCAUGUGCAAGCGCAAGUCUUGGAUGAGCAAGGUGUUCAGUGCUAAGAGACCAGAAGGAGAGUUUAAUCCUCAGCCAGCCAGUACAUUCCGGAAACUUUCCCCCACGCCGCCUCCAGUGGAUGGCCAGCAACAGGCUCUCACCUGCCUGAUCAGUGAGAAGGACCUGGCCCUCUUUGAGAAACUGGGUGACGGCUCCUUUGGUGUUGUCAAGCGUGGAGAAUGGUUCACGCCAAACGGGAAAGUGCUUAAUGUGGCAGUGAAGUGUCUGAAGACAGACAUGCUCAACCAGCCAGAUGCUCUGGACGACUUCAUCCGGGAAGUCAAUGCCAUGCAUUCUCUUGACCACCAGAACCUCAUCCGUCUCUAUGGAGUCGUCCUCACACACCCCAUGAAGAUGGUGACUGAGCUCGCACCUCUGGGCUCUAUGCUGGAUCAUUUACGAAAGAGCUUGGGCCAUUUCCUCAUUUCCACCUUGUGUCAGUACUCCAUCCAGAUUUCCAAUGGCAUGGCUUACCUAGAGUCCAAACGCUUCAUCCACCGAGACCUGGCCGCCAGAAACAUCUUGCUGGCCUCUGGUGAGCUGGUCAAAAUUGGAGACUUCGGACUGAUGAGGGCACUGCCCAAGAAUGAUGACCAUUACGUCAUGCAAGAGCAUCGCAAAGUCCCUUUUGCCUGGUGUGCUCCAGAGAGCCUGAAGACACGCACGUUUUCUCAUGCCACAGACACAUGGAUGUUUGCUGUGACACUGUGGGAGAUGUUUACCUAUGGCCAAGAGCCUUGGCUGGGCCUCAAUGGUAGUCAGAUUCUUCACAAAAUCGAUAAGGAGGGUGAAAGACUGCCUAAACCAGAGGACUGUUCUCAGGACAUCUAUAAUGUUAUGAUGCAAUGUUGGGCUCAGAAAACAGAUGACAGGCCUACCUUUGUGGCUCUAAGGGAGUUUUUGGUGGAGACCAUGCCUACGGAAAUGAGGGCCCUGCAAGACUUUAAUGAGCCCGACAAGCUUCAGAUCCAAAUGAACGAUGUCAUUACCAUAAUAGAGGGCAGGGCUGAGAACUACUGGUGGAGAGGUCAGAACAAGCGUACGUUGAAAGUUGGUCAGUUUCCCAGGAACACAGUCACAUCAGUAGCGGGCCUCUCUGCCCAUGACAUAAGCCGUCCACUGAAGAACAGUUUCAUCCACACGGGCCAUGGAGACAGUAAUCCUCACUGCUGCUGGGGCUUUCCUGACAGGAUUGAUAAUCUUUAUCUUGGUAACCCCAUGGAUCCUCCAGAUGUGCUGGGGCUGGAGCUAAAUUCUGCCAGACCAACACAGCUCCCUGGACGCGCUAAGAAACCUUGCUAUGAUGCUGUUGCUGAGGAGGAGGACCAAAUAUUCUCAGGCCUACGACGAACCUCUUUGAAGAAAAAGGGCCUUAAUUUCAAACCAGCUGCUUGGGUUUCUGCUACCAAGAUAGGUGAUCAUUCCAUUCAGACCUCUGAAUGGAAUUCAGACCUCUGUGGGAGCAGCACUCCCACAGAGGUCUCUCUAAUAGACUUUGGAGAAGAGCUCCCAUCAGCCACACCUUCCCCCUCUCCUGUGGUGGAGGUCCAAGUCACCACCCUUGCUAAGCUUGUCCUGGAAGCAGAGACUAUCUUAGACAGAACUCCUCCUCAGAGUCCCUCACGCUCUUUACCUCGGCCCCUUCACCCUUCCCCAGUUGUGGAUUGGGACACUCGACCCCUACCUCCACCCCCAGCCUAUGACGAUGUAGCACAAGACGAGGAUGACAUUGAAGUAAGCUCCAUCAACAGUGCUGAUCGAGGAGCGGAUGAAACUUGCUCUCCGCACACACCCUGUACUCCCACUGGAGAGGGCAAAGCUCAUGUAGAAGACAAUUUAUUUUUGCCCUGCAGGCAGAGCCAUGCCUCUACCUUCACCCAGUCUGCUGAGAUCUUUCAAGAGCUGCAGCAGGAGUGUAUGAGGCAUCUCAAUGUACCUGUGAACUCUACCAGCCCUGGGCUUGAGCCACACCAUCAAAUUGUCCUUACUUUAUCUGAAGACAAACCCCAGAUACCACCACGCAUCCCCAUCCCACCACGUCCAGUCAAACGCACAGGUGGCGAGUAUGCACGCUGGUCUGGUGAGCUCUCCCCAGUCUCUGGAAAUGAGGAGGACAAAGAGCAUCCACCUCAGAUCCCCCCUCGAGAUCCCUUCUCCCAGCCGAGCUCACGCACGCCCAGCCCACACGUGGGCUCCCCGCAGACCCGUGGCAGCUUUUGCUCGUCCACUUCCAUUUAUGGCUCAUCCUACCUCUCCACCUCUCCUGCUAAACUCAUGCCAACCACUCAGAGCUUUGCCUCAGAUCCCAAAUAUGCUGCACCCAAGGUCAUCCAGGCACAAGGCAAAGACAAGGAGCCAGCCAAAGGGCCCUGCAUCCUGCCUAUUGUACGGGAUGGCAAGAAAGUCAGCAAUACACACUACUACCUCCUGCCUGAGAGGCCUCCAUAUCUAGACCGCUACAAUAAGUUCUUCAGAGAAGCAGAGAGCAGUGAAGAGAAAAAGCAUGUAAACACAGCCACAGUCAAGCCUAUGGUUCAACAACAAGGGGAGUUCAAGUCAAACUUCUCUAAUAUCAGCAGCAGUCUGACAGUCUCUGGAUGUAGAGGGGGACUGAAGAACUCUCUCAGCCUGUGCAGAGUCAGCACUGAUGGCUCAUUUAGCAGGACUGACAGCACCGGCACCCACGACAAAGUCAGACUGGUGCAGGAGGCUGUCCAUGGAGCAACAAUUGAAGAAUGUCAGACAGCUUUACAGAACCACAGCUGGAAUGUGCAGAAGGCUGUGCACUACUUGAAGGUGGAACAGCUAUUUUGUUUGGGGCUGAAGACGAGGGUGGAGUGUCAUAAGAUUCUAGAGAUGUAUGACUGGAACCUGGAGUUGGCCAGCACCCAACUAUUGGACUCCUACGGCUCAGUCAAGCUGAGAUGAUGAUGCAUUAGACAAGCCUCGAAAGACUGCUGACAAAUGCCCAUAUUAAGAGCACAAAGGGGUUGAGGGCCAACCAAUACCUAAGCACUAUUUCUAAGCACAUUUUACCUCCACUCCAGCACCAGAUCUGACUUUGUGUAAACAUGCAUGAGACAGUGAGUGUGCUCCUCCAGGCCUUUUGUUGUCUUGUCAGAGAUCCCUUUCUCGGGUGCAAUUAGUUCACAGGUCAGAGUUUAAAGAACCUGCUCUUUUUCUUCCAGUUGAUAACAACAGAUAGAAACAAGGUGCUGCUCAUAAUAUUUCUUUUUUAUGUUCAUAAAUAAUUCUAUGCUAGUAGGAGAGGUAAAAAGACACAUUUAUGAAAGCCUGUAUGUAUUGUCAGAUAUUUUGGUUAUACAUUUGCAUCUGAUAUGUUUGAGUUGUUGGUCUUUGUCAAAUAGUUGUCCGUUUCACAUUUGCUAUUUUAAUUGUAUUGCUUUUUGUAUGGGUCACCUGCAACAAAGGAAGAGUUCAGUCUCUUGACUCCUGACUUGUUAUUAAGUUGAGGUCAGAUGUUGAAUUCAACAGGCCCUUCAUGUUGAACAAUCAUCCUGUCUCACCCAUGUUGAUGUAGAAAUAAGACCCUCCCGUUGCCUUUUUUAUUUUUCCCUUCUGUAGUUUGCUCAUGCAUCAUUAUGAUUCACUCAUUUUAUUUCAGUUUGCCUGCAUUAGUAAAGUCACACAGAUUUGGUAAUAAUUCUUGAGUUGACUUCCACUAUGCUGCUUUCAAUCUGAAAGUAUAUAUAAGAGAUGAAACCCUUGAAAAUGCAUCCGAAGACCUCUAAGGCACAAAUAAGUGACUGAACGUUUUUUUUGUUACUGUUUUUUAUUAUUAUUAUUAUUAUUAUUAUUUAAUCCAGGCCAUUGUCUGUUUGGUUCACUCAUAUACACCAUAGAACUGGUCUCAAAUGGUUGCUCCUGUAAUGUUGUACAGUUUUCAUUCAUGCUUCAUGCAUUUUUCUUUCUGUGAGAAUAUCAUAACACUCAGGUGUACACACUGUAAAUUAAUCAACAUGAAAUAUGACCAAUGAAAAACAAAUCUUUAGACCAGUGCACAACCCCAUGUUAAAAAUAAAUCAAGACAUAAUUUUUUCCCUGUGCAACAGAUCGUCUACAUGCAUGGCCAAGUCUAAUGGUAUUCUGUUCUUAUUGUAGCACUGGUCUUUGUGUGUGAAUGCUUAGUGUAGUAUGCAUGGGUAUCACGUAGAUGCUGCUUCUGUGUGCAUGAAGGAACGUUGUCCACAGCCCUUUCCUCUGUCCUAGUGAUCUUGGAAGGUUGCUUAUAGAAUUUGUUACCCUAGCAAACUCUUUGUUGUUUUUGAUAGGACACGAUUGUCAUUUGAGGAUACAUCUUUCUGCUUCCUAGCACAAUGCCAAUGCUUCAAGCACAAAGAAUGCUUCUGUCACCGUCAAAAGAUUCAGGCAACAGUGUAGGCUUGCCAAAGCCUUACCUUAUGCUGUUUUAGUUUUAGGUAGACUGAAAUCAGCUUGUGGAGUUGCCUGAUAACCCUGUUGUACAAUUUGUUCCUUUUCUCUUUCAGUCUAUUCUACCUAUUUUCUCAAAUGGGUUUGCUCUUAAUAGCUUUACAAGUUAGAACCCUGAUGUCCUUUGUGUAAGAUGUAUAAUGAUGUGAAGUUUAUUAAGUAUAAUAUAAAUAUAUAAUUGUAUUUUUUUAUU